AUGAGUCAAAAUCAUGAACCUUACACCGUCUUCAGAAGAUACACUGGUGAGGAUGAUUACGAACAAGUUAUAAGGGAAAUCGUUGAGCCUAUCGAUAGGUUAUUCCCGGAAAAUGUUAUUGAUUUUCUUGAUAAUUUUUUUUCAGAGCCGGAAUAUACCCAACAACAAUGGAACGAUAGGGUAGAAAGUUUAUUGGAACCGGAGGAAGAUCUAUUAAGAAAUUUGAAGAGACUUUUAUCUGAGCUUU